GGUGGCGGGAUCGGGCGCGGGGGGCGUGGCAAGCAAUCUAACCUACGCGGCUUGUUCGCCAAAGAGCUCCGAAAUCUCAUGUACGGCUUCGGUGAUGACCGCAACCCCUCCUCUGACACCGUCAACGUCCUCGAGGAGAUCCUCAUCGAGUACAUUACCGAUGUCUGCCAGACCGCCUCCGCAUCUUCCAAAAAGGCGCGACUGUCAUUAGAUGACCUCCGAAAGGCGCUCUCGCGGCCCGCGGACGCGAAGAAGCUCGCGCGUAUGGAGGAGCUGCUAUUCAUGCAGGAGGAGAUCAAGCGCGCGAGGGCACAGUUCGAGAGCGCGGAUAUGGAGAAGCCAGCAGGAUUCUAGUACCAGGGGCAGAACA